AUGCCAGUCGUGACCGCUCAAGGUCCUGCAGCAGGAACUGGCGAGACCGUCCCAGCGCCUGCCGAGACUUCUCCAUCACCUCAAUCACCGGCCACCACAACUUCGAGUAACCAGAAUUCGAAUGCAAAAAUUCAGGAACAAGUGAAGGUUGUCAUUAAUGAUUUGGCCAAGAAGCUGCACGGUAAGACUACUUUAAAUUAA